ACAAAAUGCAAUUCUCCGCCGACAUUUUCUAGAACUUACUCAGAGCUUCAUCAUUCCUCUGGAACGUUAUGUGGCAGGUUUGAUGCCACUUCUGAAGAGUAUCUCUGCGUGGAAGAGUCCUCCACAGCUCAAGCCCUUCAGUCAGGAGGAGUUUAUGAAGACCUUGGAGAAGACUGGUCCUCAGCUUACUUCUCGGUUAAAGGGAGACUGGAUCGGCUUGUACAGGCAUUUUUUUUGCGUUCACCUAACUUUGAUGGCUGGUUCAGAGCCCGGAGAAAAGAAAUGACGCAAAAGCUAGAAGCUCUUCAACUUGAAGCACUUUGUAAUGAGGAUUUGCUGAUCUGGGUACAGAAGCACAGUGAAGUUGAGGCCGUGGACCUGGUUUUAAAACUGAAAAGUAAACUGGCUCUGGCGCAGAGGGAACAGCUCCCUGUAAAUAUGGACACGUUGCAGAAGCUUCAAGGACAAGUAGACAUCAUUAUACAAGAGCUGCCUGAAGACUUACAGGAGAUCUUACUGAAAACCAACAGUUCAUGA